AUGACAGAUGUUAGAAGUGGCAAAAUAUCUAGAAAUGAAGAUUCUGUACCUGACAGUAAUCAAAGUGAUGAGUCCAUGCCAAUGAAUAUUAUUGCAUCUCUUUCUGACAAUGAUGUUAUACUUGAGAACCAGAGCCAUAUAAUAUUCAUUGACCCAGUUGGUAGAUCAGGUGGUUUAGUUCUCCUAUGGAAAACAGGUUUUACUUGUGAUUUAAUGGAAGUUGGUGACAACAUUUUCCAUGUUGUAGUUCAAUUUGACCCUACCAAACCUAAAUUUUUGCUGAAUGCAUCUAAAGCUUGGUCAAUAGAUGUAAAUGGUUCUCCUGGUUUCCAAUUUAUUCAAAGAUUAAAACCCACUAGAAGAAGUCUCUCUAAAUAUAAUAGAGAGCAUUUUGGUAAUAUUAAUCAGCAGGUGGAUAAUCUACAAUCUCAGCUUGAAGAUCUGCAAAAACAGCCUACCAGUGAAGCAAUUCACAAUGGAAUAGUUGAAGUCAAUGCUAACCUCAGUACAUGGCACAAAAGAAGAGCAGAUUUCUAUCAGCAAAAGUCCAGAACCAUUUUUCUCAAGGAACAUGACAACAAUACCAAGUUUUUCCAUGCUAGAAUCAAUAGAAAUAAAGCGAGAAACAACAUUGAGGCAACUAAAUAUCAAGGAGGAAAUUGGAUACAAAAUAGAGAUGCCAUAGCAGAUCACUUGGCUUCACAUUUCAAAAAUAUCAGUACUUCUUGUUCUCCCAGUAUUGAUGAAGGUCUUUUCUUGGUUCUACCUACAAUUGACCUGAGGGUUUUCAAGCAGGAUUUUAUAAAAGCCAAUGGGCAGUGGUUAGGGGUGAUUGAAGAGUUCUGUGAUUUGAUAUUCCAAUGCAUCAGCACCACCUCAUUUUCUGUAAUGUUAAAUGGCUCACCUUGUACUGAAUUUCAUCCCACAAGGGGUAUCAGACAAGGUGAUCCACUUUCUCCUUACUUAUUCAUAAUGGCCAUGAAAUUCUUAUCAAGACACUUAACUACAACCAAUGAAGACAAAUCUAUUGUUGGUAUUAAAGUACCAGGUGCUAAUUCACCAGCUAUUAAUCAUCUACUUUUUGCAGAUGAUUGCUUGAUCUUCACUCAAGUAACCCUUACAUCAGUUAACAAUCUCAAGCAGCUACUUCAGGAUUUCAGCUCACAAUCAAGGCAAGUUAUUAAUUUUGAUAUAUCCUCUGUUUAUUAUAGCAAGUCCACUAAUCCAAGUAAUACGGCAACUCUUACUCAAAUACUGGGAGUAAGCAAGAUGAAUGCAAAGGAUAAAUAUUUGGGUUCUCCACUGAUUUUGAUGCACUCAAAACAAGAAUCUUUCAAAGACAUUAAAGACAAUUUCAUUCACAUGUUGUCAGGAUGGUCCUCAAGUAAUAUCACUCAAGCUAGUAUGUUAGUUAUGAUUAAGCAUGGCAUUGAGAAAGGUCUCAAAAUUGUUCAGAACAAUUGCUUCAUGGAAGUAAAUAAUGGCAAAAGAACAAGAAUAUGGCAAGAUAGAUGGAUUGCUGGUAUGAAUCAACCUCCAACUUCUUCUUCCCCUGAGCAUACUUCUUUUACCUUUGUCAAUGAGUUAAUUGAGCAAAACACUAAUGAGUGGAAUACAGCUCUACUGAGUAAACUAUUUGAUGUUGUCACUGUAUCUUGCAUCACCAUGAUUUUUCUAGAUGUUACACAAGAAGAUAAACUAAUUUGGAUGCCAGCCAAGGAUGGGAAUUUUUCAGUAAAGAGUACAUACAACAUGCUGUCCCAUGGUCAAAAUGAUACUCAAGUUAACGGUAUACCAGUUCUUACCAGUACAUGGAAAGCUUUGUGGAAUUGUAAACUGGCUCAUAGAAUUAAGUUAUUCAUAUGGAAGUGCAUCAGAGACAUCAUUCAAACAAGAAGCAGAAUUUCUAUAUACAACCCGAAAAUAGAAAAUAUUUGUGGAAGUUGUGGCAGAGCUGAAGGGACAAUUGAACAUCUUAUAUUUGAGUGCAGACACACAAGGGCAGUAUGGAGAAGCAUUAAUGUUGAUAUAGAUGUUGUGAAUUCUAAAUCUGUCACAGUAGAUCAAUGGUGCACAAAUAUUGGGAUCAUUAAAUUUAACAUUGAUGCAUCCUUUUGUUUGGUUACUAACCUAUCGAGCACUGGUCUGGUAUAUCGUGAUAAUGAAGGUCAUUGUGGAGGAAUCAAAGGGACCUUCACAACAGAUUGUUUGAGCUCAGAAGACGCAAAAUGCAAAGAAGUCAGAGAGGCGCUUUUGUGGGCUAAAGCUUUGCAGCUGAAAAGAAUUCAGAUUGAGGGUGAUGCAAAAUUGGUCAUACAAUCCAUUAAUGAGAAUUGUUCCUAUACGCACUGGAAGAACAUGAACAUUAUUAAGAAAAUAAAACAUCUUAGAGAUGGUUUUGAUUUAUGCAUUUUCUCUUACGUUAACAGAAGAGAUAAUCAAGUUGCUGACGCUGUUUGA